AUGGCAUCAAUAGCUACAGCUGCUAGAUCCACCACCAUUGUUAGGGCAACUCCAUUUUUGGGCCAAGCCCAGAAUAAUAAUCCCUUUAGAGAUGUGCCUAUGGGAAAGGGCAAAUUCACCAUGAGUAAGGAUUUGUGGUACGGUCCCGACCGGGUCAAGUACUUGGGCCCGUUUUCAGCUCAGACUCCGUCUUACCUGACCGGAGAGUUUCCCGGCGACUAUGGCUGGGACACCGCCGGUUUAUCUGCUGACCCGGAGGCCUUUGCCAAAAACAGGGCUCUUGAGAUCAUUCACGGGAGGUGGGCCAUGCUCGGGGCCCUCGGAUGCAUAACCCCGGAAGUCCUUGAGAAAUGGGUCAAUGUUGACUUCAAGGAGCCCGUUUGGUUCAAGGCCGGGGCCCAAAUCUUCUCGGAAGGUGGGCUCGACUAUUUGGGCAACCCGAACCUAGUCCAUGCACAGAGCAUACUCGCGGUCCUCGGUUUUCAAGUCGUGCUCAUGGGGCUUGUUGAAGGGUUCAGAAUCAACGGGCUUGAUGGAGUUGGGGAGGGCAAUGAUCUGUACCCGGGCGGGCAGUAUUUCGACCCGUUGGGCCUGGCGGACGACCCGGUUACUUUUGCCGAGCUCAAGGUGAAGGAGAUCAAGAACGGGCGGCUGGCCAUGUUCUCAAUGUUCGGGUUUUUCGUGCAGGCUAUUGUUACAGGGAAAGGGCCCUUGGAGAAUUUGUUGGAUCACCUUGAUAAUCCAGUUGCUAACAAUGCUUGGGUUUAUGCCACUAAGUUUGUUCCUGGGUCAUAA